UAAUUCCCUCAUCCACAAACAAAACCUGUCUGAAAAUUUCUCUGCAAAAAUUAACCAAUAACAAUGGCGGCAAUUUCAGCUUUUGCGACAUGGCUGAUACCGUAUAGUCACUUCAUCUUCUUCACUGUCUCUCUGACACUCAUUCUCCUCUUUGUAAGAAAAUUCAAGUUUCAGCCAUGGUGUGGCUGCCAUGUCUGCCAGGGUUUCCUCACCGCCUCCUGGGCCCUCAAGUACAACAAUCUAUGCGACUGGUACUCCCACCUUCUCGCCCAAUCGCCGACCGGCACAAUCCACGUUCAUGUCCUCGGCAAUGUCAUCACCGCCAAUCCAGACAACGUUGAAUACAUUCUGAGGACCAAUUUUAAUAAUUACCCAAAAGGUAAGCCCUUUUCUGCAAUUUUGGGUGACCUUUUAGGGUUUGGGAUUUUCAACGUCGACGGAGACCUCUGGAAGUUUCAGAGAAAAAUGGCGUGUCUUGAACUCGGCAGCAAUUCGAUUCGAUCCUACGCUUACGACGUCGUCGAAUCUGAAAUUCAGACAAGGCUUGUUCCUAUAAUGUCAGCCGCCGCCGCCGCCGGCCGGACUGUCGAUUUGCAGGAUAUUUUCAGGCGGUUUUCGUUCGACAGUAUCUGUAAAUUCUCCUUCGGAUUUGAUCCAGGCUGUCUGACUCCGACACUCCCGGUGUCGGAAUUUGCCGCCGCUUUCGACGCCGCCUCCAAAUUGUCGGCGGAAAGGGCGGUGGUGACGUCCCCGGUGGUCUGGAAAGUUAAAAGAUUCCUUAACGUCGGAUCGGAGAAGAAUCUCCGGCGAGCAAUCCGAUCGGUCCACGAGCUAGCAGAAAGAGUCAUCAGAAAUAGAAGAGACAACCUCGCCGGCGCCGGCGACGGCGCCACGUCAGCAUCCAACGGAGACCUCCUGUCCCGGUUCAUGUCGACGACCGCCGACGACGUCUUCCUCCGCGACAUCGUCGUCAGUUUCCUCCUCGCCGGUCGCGACACGGUGGCCGCCGCCCUCACCAGCCUUUUCUGGCUGCUUAGCCAAAAUCCACGUGUCACCAAAUUAAUCCGGGAAGAAUCCGACAAGGUAAUCGGCGACGGCGGGGGCCGCCAAUCGGAAAAUUUGAACUUCCGACAGCUUAGAGAAAUGCAUUACCUGCAAGCGGCGGUCCACGAGAGCAUGCGAUUAUUCCCGCCGGUUCAAUUGGACUCAAAAUUCUGCCGGUCCGGCGACGUCCUCCCCGACGGGACGCCGGUCGCCGGCGGGACGAGGGUGACGUACCACCCCUACGCGAUGGGGAGGAUGGCGGCGAUAUGGGGGCCGGACUGUACGGAAUUCCGGCCAGAGAGAUGGAUCAAGGAUGGAAUAUUCCGGCAGGAGUGUCCGUACAGGUACCCGGUGUUUCAAGCGGGGCCGAGAGUGUGUUUGGGGAAGGAAAUGGCGAUUGUGGAGAUAAAAGCCGUCGCGCUGUCAUUAAUCCGGCGGUUCGAUUUUGAGGUGGGUUCGCUGCCGAGUCAGGGCGGUCCGCGGUUCGUCCCCGGUCUGACCGCCACGGUUCGUGGCGGUUUGCCGGUCGUUGUUCGAGAGAGAGAGGAUUAGUUAUUGCACAGGUGAACGCGUAUGAUGAUGGAUCCCGAACUCCCGAUCCGGAUUGAAUCAAGGCCGUUUAUUUUAUGGGUUCAACGUAAUGUACGGUCUCGAUUAAAUGGUGAAUUGUGGGCAGGAUUUGAUUUGAUGACACUGGCGUAUGGAGCGUUUGGAAAAUCUGUGGAUUGAGAAAACAAAUCACACUGUGGUUAGCGUGUGGCAAUUAGCUGAUAGCUGUUAGCUAUUUUAAUUAGCUGAUAGUUGUUAACUGAUUCAAUUAGUUAGUUUGACUAGCUGAUUCGAUUAGGUGCCUGUAUUAAAAUGUUUGAUAAAACAACUGUUUGAUCUUAGUUGUUUGAUUCUAUUUUAUUUUUUUUUAAUAUAUUCGAUUGUAUUCUUUUCA